CAUCAAUGGGGAGAGCAAGGGCAAGUGCUUAGGAGAAGUGAACGGGGGCAUGUUGAACCUCUAUUGAAACUUAGCCAAAGUGAGAUGCGUCACUUCAGGCGCCAUCUUGGGGCGGACAUCUGACCCGUUCUGACCAUAAAAAGUGUUUUACAACAUUAUACUGUUACGAACUUGUUGAAUUUAAUAUCAGAGUCAUUUUAAUAAACAUAAAGUGUGCUGCCAUGACACUAAAUUAAGCUAACGCUAUCUCGGUAAAGUUUUUUUUUUUAAUUAAACUUGUGUUUUUCAUGUAGCCAUGCUCUGGGGAGCAGAACUGAACUGCACUUGAGUGGCAAAAGAGUGCUAAAUAGAGAGUUAAAGCUUUGGCUAGUGCGUAACCUUUUAAUAUUAGCCUAAUGAAUGUCCGUUACAUUCAAGCCAUUGCCAAAUGAGUUGCUACAAAGCUAAUUAAGACUAGGCCUAUCUGCUCCACAUAACUUUCUCUCUGUAUUUGUCAGUAUAGUUAUGUUCAGAAGAUAGAGUUAUCAAAUGAGUUUGCGCGGUCAUGACGGCUACGUGGACGCGCUGACAGUUUGCUGUCAUUAGGCUAUAUAAUUCAUCGUGGAGCCGGCAGAAACUAUAGGCUACACACUAUAGCUAUUUACACAAGACAAGGUAGCCUUUUUAGUGUAUCACCCCGUAAUUUUAAUUUAACCAAGCCUGUCUCUAAUAGCCUACAUGUGUGGCAUUUGUAACAGACCUACCUCGAUAGACAGCCUACAUAAGGAGGAGACACUGUUAGUCCGUCCCAACACGGCGGCCGCGUCGACGUAUCGAUCCAGUGAACAGCAGUGAGCAAGUAUUUGUCUGCGCAUAGGCUACUUUGCAGUUUGUUUUGCACCUCACUUAGGUUUUAUCAUCCUCCAGCGAUACAUCAGCCGGAAUGGAGUCAACUGACGCUUUCGUGACAUUUCAGUUGGGGUGGCCUAAAAUGCAUCACUUGUUUGCUCUACUGUGUCUUGUGGCCGUCGUCAAAUUAACAAUGUUGCUCGCCAAAAGAAGGGAUGCGUUUCGAAACAUUGAAGCUUUUCCAGGACCACCUGCACACUGGUUUUUUGGACACGUGAAGGAGUUUAAACAAGAUGGGACAGACUUGGAUAAGUUUGUGAAAUGGGGACAAAAAUACCCUUAUGCUUUCCCAGUGUGGUUUGGACCCUUUGUCUGUUUCAUAAACAUUCACCAUCCGGAUUAUGUGAAAACGGUACUGACAUCAACAGAGCCAAAAGAUGAUUUGUCAUAUAAGUUUAUUGAGUCAUGGAUUGGCGAAGGCUUAUUAGUGUCAAAAGGUCAGAAGUGGUUUCGGCACAGAAGGCUCUUGACCCCAGGUUUCCAUUAUGAUGUUUUGAAACCAUACGUUAAACUAAUGUCAGACUCUGCAAAAACUAUGCUGGACAAAUGGGAAAGUUAUGCAAAAACCAAUGAGUCCUUUGAAUUGUUUAAUCACGUGAGCCUUAUGACACUAGACAGCAUCUUGAAGUGUGCCUUCAGCGACAGCAGCAACUGUCAGACGGAGAGUGGAACAAAUACAUACAUCAAAGCAGUGUAUGAGCUCAGUGAUCUGAUUAACCUGCGGUUCAGAACGUUUCCAUACCACAAUGACCUCAUAUUCUACCUCAGCCCACAUGGCUAUAGAUACAGAAAAGCAUGCAAAGUGGCUUACAGUCAUACAGAGGAAGUCAUAAGAAAGAGGAAAGAAGCACUCAAGGAGGAGAAGGAGCUGGACCGGGUACAGGCCAAGAGGAACUUGGACUUUCUGGACAUCCUUCUCUUAGCAAGAGAUGACAAGCAGCAGGGUCUGUCGGAUGAAGAUAUACGAGCAGAAGUGGACACCUUCAUGUUUGAGGGCCAUGACACCACAGCCAGUGGCAUUUCUUUUAUCCUCUACUCUCUGGCCUGCCACCCAGAACACCAGAAGAUUUGCAGGGAGGAGAUCAUUCAAGCCCUGGAUGGGAAGGACACCAUGGAGUGGGAGGAUCUCAGUAAAAUUCCAUACACAACAAUGUGCAUAAAAGAAUCCCUUCGCCUUUACCCUCCUGUACCAGGAAUGUCAAGAAAGAUCACCAAACCCAUGACUUUUUUUGAUGGAAGGACUUUGCCUACAGGAAGUCAUGUUGGAACGAGUGUGUAUGGGAUUCACAGGAAUGCAGCUGUCUGGGAAAACCCUAAUGUCUUUGACCCACUGCGUUUCCUACCAGAGAAUGUUUCCACGAGGUCCCCUCAUGCAUUUGUGCCCUUCUCUGCUGGGCCAAGAAACUGCAUUGGUCAGACCUUUGCCAUGAAUGAGCUGAAAGUGGCAACUGCCCUGACACUGAAGAGAUACCAGCUGAUAGAGGACCCCGCUCAGAAACCUAGAAUAAUUCCUAGACUGGUGCUUCGCUCACUCAAUGGAAUCCACAUCAAGAUCCAACCUGUAGACCCACAGGAGUAAAGGGAAAUAACUAUGAAAUGCUUUUAACCUGGAAAAUACAGAGAACAUUUUGAGGAGCUAAAGUAUUUUCGUUCUAAUAUUUUACUUAACCUUUACACUGACAUGCAUUCACAAACAGAUAAUCAUUAAUUUAUGACACUACCUGUGCACUAUUAUUUAGUGGUUGUACAUGAUUUCAGGGGGGAUUGCUGAAAAAGAAGUUGUAUUUGUAUUUUGGAAUAAUGUUUAAGUGUUGUCCAUUCAUAUUUUGUCUGCGUUUUUUGGUGUUCAUGAUAAAGGUAGUUUGAACUUUUACACACUAGUCUUCAG